UAGCAACCGAGAAAGAGGAAGAAAAGCCAGACGGGCCAUAUGAAGCCACAGCCUCCUCUGACAUCACAUCUUGCCAUGCCGUCCUCCCUGUGAAGACACACUCGGUUCAGAUGGUUUACUUGAGUUUACCUCCACCGAGCAGAUCAUGGACUACUCUCAGCCUUUCUCAGUCCUCAAUGAGAGGCUGAGACCUCGAUACACCAGCAGCGACCGGCUUUACUCUUCUCUGAACAGACUGGAGGGCUCGCUCAGGAACAGACCUAGAUACUACCGACCAACAAUUCUUUCAACAGAACCAAAACCAACAGUCUCUGUGACCGUAACAGGACCAGCAGAUCCAGAGAAGCCUGAAAGGGACAUGGGACUCGAGCAACCGGCCCCCGAUUACCUGAAGGAAACAAACUGUUCUCAGCUGCUGGCUGUUAACAACUCAUGCCUCAUCAGCGAACUGAAUUUAAAAGACGAGGGCGAAGAAGAUGUGGAGGACGACGACAGCUGCUCCUCACACUCGGAGGACAAAGACAUUGCAGGUGAGCUGGCUUCAGAGGACACAAGGGACCCCUCAGACUCUGGAGAAUCGGUCAGAAAACAUGAGGAACGAUUCAAUAGGAGCUACUACAACGGGACCUUACCAGACCUGAUUAAGAGUGGCAGGCCGCUCAGCAGACGCAGGACUCUGGGACAUGUCUCAGACACGCUUAAGGAAGUGCGCAGAGAGGUAGAGCUGUCUCGGAGGCGGAGUAUCAAGCUUAAGGCCCAGGUGGACAAACUCCAGGAGAACAGGGAUGGACCUGGCUGGAGCCAAGACAGAGAAAGGGUCACGGAGGAGGUUCUGUCCAUACUGAGGCUGCUUCACCCGCUGACUGAGCCAGAGUCCAGCCAACCCGAGCCUUCUGAUGGGAAACACUGUCUGGACUCGGCACUGGCCCAGCUGCAGAAUGUGGCUCGCACACUGGCAAUCAGCCACACAAAACAGGACUCCAAAUCUGCAGUAAAGGGAGCAGAGGAAAGCGCUAUUCUGCAACAGGCAUUGCGGGACAGAGAUGAGGCCAUAGAGAAGAAGAAGGCGAUGGAGACUGAGCUGCUCCGUAGUAAGACAGAGAUGAUGAUGCUGAACAACCAGCUGCUGGAGGCCGUCCAGAAACGUCUGGAAAUGUCACUGGAGCUCGAAGCCUGGAAGGAGGACAUUCAGCUGAUGCUCCAACAGCAGCUGCAGAGUCAGCAGCAGCAGGCAGAGCAGGCCCAGAAGAAGACCUCUCGUAUGGGCCUCCUGAGGAGAAACAAAGCGCCGGUCAACCAGCGGCCGUCCAACUUCCCUGUGCCUGCGCAGGCCAAUCACGCAGCCAACUCGAGCCAAGCCUCCAGGCCUGCGGCCCCUGCGGCUCCGAUGCCGAGCACGCCCCCUACCCAACGCACCUGGAGGGACAAGCUGAGGAGGGGAAAGACCACUCGUCAAGAAGACCAGGAUGCCGAGUGCUGUCCGGAUGGCGAUGGCUUCCAGGCCGUAUCACUGGAUUAAAACAAUAACUUUACACAGAGUACGCUCAUUCUGAUUCACAACCCCUCUUUUAAGUCCCUCUUCGUUCUACAAUGCAUUGCUUAUUGCCCCUUUUUGAGGUUCAUUGUGAUGAGCAAUGUUUGGGUUUCACAUUAAUCUGCUGAGGAGAAACUUUAAAUCUGAUCUUUUGUAACCCCGCAGCUAAUUUAGGAGACAUAAUGCACCAAUCUGCAGGAGACAGGACGCAACGUGGUAAAGCUCUCAUGCAUAAACAGAGAGAAAAGGGACUCAUCAUUGAAUUAUUAGACAUUUAAUGUUGGGCCGUCACAUUGAAACACUCAGUAAAAUUAUAUAGCACAGGUUAGGAUGUUUCAGUGAAGCAUUUUUAAAACAAAGUAACUGAACUUUUUUUGUGCAAUAACCAUGUAAGAGUCUAAUUAUUAUUAAAGCAGAAAAGCUUUUAUAUUUUAAAACGUGCUUGGACGAGAUGAAGAGUUUUAAUAUAUUCUUGGAAAACAUGGACAGCUUUGGAUCGCGGAUACGUUUACGUAUGAAAUACCCCUGAUUGUGAAUGAGCCAUGUGAUUGUAAAAUACUGUUACACUUGAAUGUUAUCUACUUGGCAUCCUGAAUUGUUUUCGCUGCUGUAAAUAAAUGCAACGCUUAUUCAAAA